AUGGGUCAAUCUGGUUCACAACUCGAGGAUAUGGUCAACUCGUCUAACUUCUCUGCAGAAGAAAUUCAACGUCUGUACAAGCGUUUCAUGAAGCUGGAUAAGGAUAACUCUGGCUCUAUCGAUAAGGACGAGUUUCUCUCCAUCCCACAAAUCGCCAACAAUCCUUUGGCCUCUCGUAUGAUUGCCAUUUUCGAUGAGGACGGCGGAGGGGAUGUUGAUUUCCAUGAAUUCAUCAAAGGCUUGAGCGCAUUCAGUGCUCGCGGUAAUAAGAGAGAAAAGCUGGAAUUUGCCUUCAAGGUGUAUGAUAUGGACAGAGAUGGAUUUAUUUCAAACGGUGAACUAUUCCUCGUGCUCAAAAUGAUGGUUGGAAGUAAUCUGAAGGAUAACCAAUUGCAGCAAAUUGUCGAUAAAACCAUUAUGGAAGCUGACAAGGAUGGUGAUGGAAAGAUUAGCUUUGAGGAGUUCCUAGUUAUGGUCGAGAACACAGAUGUAGCAAAACAAAUGACACUCGAGAGCUUCUAA